AUGUGGCCCUUUUGGCGCCUGGCGUUGCUCGCGCUGCACAUCGCCAACGUCUCCCCGGCCGACGCCGCGGCAUCGCGCCAGCAAACCACGUUUUGGCCGAGCGCCUUGCCCGGUCUAAGCCAGCCCGAGGCUACCCUGGAGUCGCUUCACCUGGGCCCUGACGACAUACUCACAGUUUCACCCGAAGUGGACGCACGCGCCGAGUCGUCUGCGCUGUCUAAUGCAAUCAGCUCCGCCCCGCGCCCGCUCAGUGUCGUUGUGCUUUCGGACUCUCCCGGCGAACUUGAGAAACUGCGUUCCGAUGUGGAGAGCGUGUUGCGUUUAACGCGCGAACGGCAAGUGGACGCCAGGGAUCUCGGCGUGACUCCACCGGAGAUCUCGGUGAAGCCGCCGAAGAGUUCACCUCAGACGGACACCACCUCCAGAUUGCAAAUACUGUCUGUGCACUAUCAGCGCUACACCAGCAGCAUCCCUACGCUGUUGGUGUAUCUGCUGGCGGUUCCACAUGCGUGCAAAUUCCUCUACUCCGGGCGUGCGAUGGCACGUAAGCACAUCCCGCUGGUGAACACGUUCUCGGUCUACUUCAUCGUGUUCAACCUUCUGGCGCCGCUUUUUGGCGAGGGCCUGGUGCACUCAAUCUGCUGCAGUCUCGCUGCGAAUUUCGCGUACAGACAUGCGGAAGGAACCCAUCGGCUGGGUAUGGAAGCGUGGUUUAUCGUGUUUGAGAUCCUCUGCGUCUGCGGCAUAUUCGCCAACGUUUCUUACCGCAUCGGAUUGGGGUUGCUGCACCUGGUGGUUGGCAGAGCCCACGUGCCAAUUUGGGUCUCCGUCUGUCUGCCGGUGCUGUACCCCCUGCACAUGCUACUGGUGUCAUCGGUGUGUGAUGCGUCGUUCGGCAUUCACAACGCGCAGCUGAUACUGGCGGCUCUGAUCAAGGUUGUGCCCACCUACUUCGCCCAGGAGCUAGUGCUGGCGUGCUCGUCGCUGUACAUCAUCCUGUCGGGUACCAACAGGCGUUCAUAG